GUGUUUAAGUAGCAAAUGCAGCAAUUAGAAAUCUGGGAAGUACUUACAAAUAGACCAAUCGUGGUUUUGUGCUCACAUCCUCCAGCACAAAAAGCUGAGCAACCAGAAGUGGAGACCAAGUAUGGGAGAGUCCGAGGGUUCCAGUUCAAAGUGGACACAGCUGAGAGGAGUGUAAAUGUCUUUUUGGGACUUCCUUUUGCUAAACCCCCACUUGGACCCCUGAGGUUUUCUGAGCCGCAGCCACCUGAGCCAUGGAAAGGUGUCAGAGAUGCCACUUCCUACCCACCAAUGUGUGUGCAGGAUCCAGUCCAAGGACAAUAUUUUUCAGACCUGAUUACCAAUAGAAAGGAGAAGGUUCCUCUUCAGGUGUCUGAAGAUUGCUUGUACCUCAAUGUGUACACUCCCGUUCCUGCAGGAGAACAGCACAAGUUGCCUGUCUUUGUAUGGAUACAUGGAGGUGGAUUAGUUUUUGGAGCAGCUUCGACAUAUGAUGGUUCAGCAUUAGCAGCCUUUGAAAAUGUGGUGGUUGUAACAAUUCAGUACAGAUUAGGUGUUCUUGGAUAUCUUAGCACUGGGGAUAAACAUGCCCGAGGGAACUGGGGAUAUUUAGAUCAAGUAGCAGCUCUUCAGUGGAUCCAGGAAAACAUCAGACAUUUUGGAGGAGAUCCAGGAUCUGUCACUAUCACUGGAGAAUCUGCAGGAGGAAUCAGUGUUUCUGCUCUGGUCCUCUCUCCCCUGGCAAAGGGCUUGUUCCACAGGGCCAUUUCAGAGAGUGGGACUGCACUCCUGAGUUCGUUCACUGACCAGCCUAAGGAGGAGGCACAAAAAAUUGCUGCUCUCUCUGGCUGUGAGAAAUCCAGUUCAGCUGCAAUAGUCGAGUGCUUGAGAGAAAAAACUGAAGAAGAGAUAAUACAGCUAACACUAAAAAUGGACAUGGCAACACUGCGGUUGUGCAGCACCUCCCCUGAGAACUGCAAGCAGGAUUUCUUUUUAAUCAAUUCAUGUGUAGAUGGUGUAUUUUUUCCAAAGAGUCCCAAGCAAUUACUGUCUGAAAAAUCAUUCAAUGCAGUCCCAUAUAUGAUAGGAGUAAAUAGCGGUGAAUUUACAUGGGGACUGCCUACGAUGAUGAAAUUUCCUCCUUUCGUGGAUGGUCUGGAUAAAAAUACUGCACGUGAAAUUUUACAGCGCUCCUUAGUGGUAUUACUUGAGGGUGCUACGUCUGCAGUUGUUGAUAGGCUGUACAAUGAGUACCUAGGGAAUGCAGACAGCCCGGCUCAGGUGCGAGACAGCCUUCUGGAAGCACUGGGAGAUAUCUUCUUUGUGUUUUCAUCCCUUGAAAUGGCGAAAUUCCACAGAGGUAAUUCAGCAUCAGGAGAAGAAAUGCAGAAUUCUCAGGCAGGCUGUGGUGUGGACAGUGUGUGUCACACUUCAUUACCCACAGAACUGAGAGUGCUUUCUCUUCACCAAAACAGCUGGUAAGGAAAGUUUGUCCUC